AUGUUUGCCCAGUUUUACUUGUUGCUAUGUGUUCUUAUAAAAGUGGUGAAGUGUGAUAAUGGCGGCUUCAUCUUCUAUGAAACCAUGAAGAUAGGUGAAGCAACAGAGAUAUCACCCGAAGGUGUCUUAAAGUAUGAUAACAAAACAAGUUGGGGUGUGACCCCUGUUCUCUACUCACUUCCUUUAAACUUCAAGAAUUCGUCGAAAGGUAAUGCUUCCUCUUUCUCAACUACGUUUGUGAUUCGGAUUGUUCCUGAUUUUCGAAGCCCGAAUAGGGGACUUGGAAUGGGGUUUUUGAUUAUACCCUCCAAAAAUGUCCCUGGAGUUACAUCAUCCAGACAAUUUGGAAAUGGCAAAGCAACUACAAGCUCUGAUAUUUUCGCGUUUGGCGCAUUUUGCUUGGAGGUUGCUUGUGGAAGGAGGCCAGUUAAGUCGAAGGCACCGUCUGAACAGGCAAUUCUUGUGGAUUGGGUACAAGAUUGUUGGAGGAGAGGCGAAAUUUUGAAGACCACAGAUCCCAAAUUAAAGAAUGAAUUCAAGGUGGAGGAGAUGGAAUUGGUCUUAAAAAUUGGAUUACUUUGUUCACACCCUGUGGCGGCAUCUAGGCCAAGGAUAUGUCAAGUUUUGAGGUACUUAGAAGACCAUACUUCAAUGCCAGAAAACUUGGAUGCUCUUCUUUCGACCCAGGAGCUCAAUGCCAUCAUGUCAAAACCUUCUGUUUAUGAAACAAGAAGUUCUGGAUCCUUGUUAACGGUUACUGAAACGUUAACAGGUCGUUGA